GCAGGCUUUCAGAGCUCUCGGCGGGUGUGGAUGUAGAAGAACGAGUGCGAGUGGUGGCUUUCAUUGUGUUUGUCAUUUGGGACAGAGACGCCUGUCCUCCUCCUUGUCCUCCUCCACAACCGAUCUGUCCAUCCUCGUCCUCCAUCUCCACGGUCGAGAGAGACACACGGGAGGAGACGCCGCGCUGCCAGCUCGUGCCUGGCUGUAGAUUGUAGCGAUGAGUCGGCGGGAGGCGUUAGUGGGGAACCCGGUGCCAAGUGCUGUGCCAGAGGUUCGGGUCAACAGCACCGAGUCCUCCUCUCCCGGAGCGGCCGCGCCCAAAGAUGAGGCUUUCUCUAAACUCAAGGACAAGUUCAUGAACGAACUCAACAAAAUCCCACUGCCAUCAUGGGCCAUUGUGGCCAUUGCGUUCGUUGCUGUGGUCCUCGUCGUGUCCUGCUGCUUCUGCAUCUGCAAAAAGUGGAUAUUCAAGAAGAAGAACAAGAAAAAGGGCAAGGACAAGGGCAAGAACGCCAUCAACAUGAAGGACGUGAUAGACGGAAACAAGACGGAGGCUCUGAAGGACGAAGACGAAGUGGAGACCGGACUCUCAGAGGGUGAAAAGGAAGCUGAGCCUAAGGAGCAAGAAAAACUGGGCAAAUUACAAUACUCACUGGAUUACAAUUUCACCGAGAAUACGCUCAUCGUCGGGAUCAUCCAGGCCGCCGAGCUCCCUGCCAUGGACAUGGGCGGGACGUCUGACCCCUACGUGAAGGUUUACCUCCUGCCCGACAAGAAGAAGAAGUUUGAGACCAAAGUGCACAGGAAGACUCUGAACCCGACCUUCAACGAGCAGUUCACCUUCAAGGUUCCGUACACAGAGCUGGGAGGAAAGACGCUGGUGAUGACGGUGUACGAUUUUGACCGUUUCUCCAAACACGAUGCCAUCGGAGACGUUAAAGUGCCAAUGAACAAGGUGGACUUCAGUCAUGUGACCGAGGAGUGGCGGGAUCUCCAGAGCGCCGAGAAAGAGGAACAAGAGAAGCUGGGUGAUAUCUGUUUCUCUCUGCGCUAUGUUCCCACCGCCGGCAAACUCACCGUCGUCGUCCUGGAGGCCAAGAACCUGAAGAAGAUGGACGUCGGAGGUCUUUCAGACCCGUACGUGAAGAUCCAUCUGAUGCAGAACGGUAAACGUCUGAAGAAGAAAAAGACGACAAUCAAAAAGAACACCCUGAACCCCUACUACAAUGAGUCCUUCAGUUUCGAAGUGCCAUUUGAACAAAUCCAGAAAGUUCAAAUCGUUAUAACUGUUCUGGACUAUGACAAGAUCGGCAAAAACGAUGCUAUCGGUAAAGUUUUCAUAGGGCUGAACAGCUCAGGCACCGAGCUUCGCCAUUGGUCGGAUAUGUUGGCCAACCCACGGAGACCCAUCGCCCAGUGGCACGUGCUCAAGCCGGAGGAAGAAGUGGAUGCCCAGCUGUCCGUCAAAAAAUAAAGCUCUGCCCCCCUUUAGCCAUUAACCCCACCCCUUUUAGUGGUCCUAACCCAGUGCGUGUACAUACCUCAGUGAUGUAUGGAUCCUUACACCCUCUAAAAUCUUCUUCUUCUUCUUCUUCUUCUUCUUGUCUGGCAAUGAAACGCCUCCUUUUAUAAUAGUUGUCGGUAUUUUGACCGCCCACUUGCCCCAAUACACACACACACACACACACACACACACACACACACCCCUCAAGUUGUGUUUAACAUUCCUUCCUGUCUUCGCCUGCUGUUUUGACCAUCCUCCAUGACCUUUAACCCCCUUAAACCCUUCUUUUAAGCAAUAUGAUCAGUGUAGAUAGCGCAUGAAUGGAAAAAAACCGUGUACCACAGGUGUAUAUAUCCGUAUGCAGACAAAAAAAUACGAUUUCUAGUUUGUGUUUGUAUGUUGUUACCUGUUUCCUAAUCUGUGUAUAUCUUGAUGUUUUUACUAAGAUAUUCUAUUUUAAAUUAUGUAAAUGCAGAUAUAGCAGAGCCAAUAUUAUAUAUAAUAACAGCAGGAUUUACGAUAUCUAUCUUAUUGCAUUCCAGUUAAACAUAUACAUAUAUAUUAUAUAUCAUAUAUAUGUAUAUUUGAAAGAAUUUCAACCUGCGAGACGAGAGUUCAGGGGUAUUUAAAAACAAAAUGGUCAAACAAAAAAAACCUUUGGCUUAAAGAAUUGUUCAAAAUAAAAACAGAGUACACGGAGAAACCCGUAUAAAAUGGAAUACUGUAAUAUAUAUGUAUAACAUCUUCAGUAUAUUACAUUUUAGCAUGGAAAUAUAGGCCAUUAACUGAUAUGGUUCAGUCGGUAAAAUAUGCAGGAAGUUCUACAAGCACAUGAGUUCUUAAAUUGAUUUGAAUUUUUUCUUUUUUGCAUUUUUUGCUUAAUCAUUAUUUUAGCAGCUCCUUGAUCUCCCCCAGAUCCUCAAUCUGAACCUUAUAUUUUGUCCUAAAGCCCCCAAGCAUGACGAAUUCACUAACCGUAGCCAUUCGAUCCUCAACGCUUACCUUACGUUAAUUCGUUAAACUUCGUCACCAGACGUAUUUCGUUGGAUUUGUUCAAGACUCUAGCUCUGAAAUUAAUAUUUUUGGUAAUUGCAUGUUUUGUUUUGUUUUUUAUUCUACUUUAUUCUACACCGUCAGGCCUUUAGCCGUAAAGGGGGAAAAAAAAGAGAAAAAAAUCAAAAGUUCUGCGUUUUUUAACAAACUGAUGCUGAUUUCUCCAGAAAAGUCGGUGUGUAAUAAUAAAACACCGACUCUAAGAGACAAGCUUUUAAACACUGCCAUUAUUUUCAGGGAGGUGAGAAACGUACGUGACUUUCUCCUCAUGCACACGCUCCACUUAGUGGCUGUAGCUUUUGGUUCUUUGGGAACAAGUAACCAUUUCGUUGGCCUUGAAGGUGCAAAAUCGAAUUUUCUGUUUACUUUACGUUGCCUCUUUACGCAGUGACAAUAGCCUUAGCCAUGCUUUUACUGCCAAUCUCCUUCACACGAUGGCUACUGUUUGCACUGUAGUUCGGAACAACGACGACAAAAAUCGACAUUUUGGACGAGUUUGUUUUUUUUUUUUCUCUCUCUCUUUUUUUUUUGGAUAAGAUCGGAGAAAGUUCUUAGUUCAGAGGAACUUGAUUCAGUAUUCAGUCGAAAACGUUUAAAUGAAUAGAAAUGUUCAGUGGAUUGUUUCGAAAUGAAAAUAUCUUCAAAGAAAUAAAUAAAUAAAUAAAUAAAUAACCAUAAAAGUUAAUGGUCUGCGGAGGUGACGCUUUCAGCCGGUAACGUCCUUUAAUAAAACUAGAACACGAUUUCACACAAAUUCCUAAAAUAUUGAACCGGCCAAAAAGAAAAAAAAAAAAAAAAAAGGUUAAAUAAACAAAAUAAAGAGGGAUUUUUAUGAACUCGGAUAUCGGGUGGUCGUGACAGGACGUGUAAAUUCUGUACAUAUUCAAGUUUGCCAUCAAGAAAUCUGUAAACGCUUCGUCCCUUCGUUCCUCUCGACAGAAAUUCAACUCAAGCUUUGAAUUAUGUUCAGGAUAAACGGGUCGAGGUACAGUCCGUUAAUUAGAGACACAUUCUCAGGCCAUGUUUUUCUCUUUUAGGUAUCUUUCAAAAAAAAUAAUAAACGAAUAAAAUUAACCGUAAAAGUUAAUGGUCUGCAGAUAUUAGUCCAUAAAGUCCUCUAUCACGGGUUUAACGUAGCAGUACGCUCUCAUGAUCGCACGCUUGUAAGAAUUCGUAACAAAACUGCUUGAUAACAAUCCGUAAUAAAGUUCCACAGGUCUGAUUAUGAAAUAUCGGAGGAAAAGUCCAAGUGUGACAAUGUGGACUCUUUUUUUUUUUUUUUUUUUUUACAACCAUCGGCGAUUAAAAAUGAGUCUGGUGUGGAACGUGGCUGUUGCACCGUUCCAGUUUCAGAAGAAUUCUGAGAUUUUUAAGAUUUUCUUCACGGUGCGUGUACGGAAUUCUUAACGAUCCGACGGAAUCGUGCCGCGUAAGGCGCCGACUCGUAUGUGAAAUUGGAAAGGUUUAACAGAACGAUUAUUUACUUUCCUCCUUCAAUUUAUCCACACAGUUAUUUUGCUAGGAGUUUUUUUUCAAGUUCAACGUGACGACCACAACAAGCCCUAAAUGACUUCCGAUUUUUGACGUAAUAUUGAAGCGCAUUUCCGCGUGAUUAAACACUGGGAUGUCGGCUGAAGUUAGCGGUAGUCAAUUUCGUUUAUAAAUUCCCUUUCUUUUUUUUUUUUUUUCUUUUCAGAGGUUUGUGCGGGAAAACAAAGACGUGCUUUAGUACGGGUUUACCACAUGACCACACGAUCGCGCGUUCCUACAACGCUCGCGGCAUCUCUUAUAAACCCGGAUUUGUUCGAAUUCUUACGAAUUUCAUUUUUUCGUGAGAUCGUAUGCCAUGAGAGGACAAACCAACAAGCAUCGGUCCAUUAAAACCAUUAAAACCUCUUGUCAUGGAGGAACCUCUUAUGUAUCCUAGACGCUAGCUUCAGGAGGAGUUUUUCAAUGUUUUCAAUGUUAUCGUGUAGGUGAUUUUAAAAAAAAUUAUAAUAAAAAGAUAGCAAACGAACGCUCUUCGUCAUACCAUAGACGUCUCUGAGGACUGCUUCGUGUAUCACUGUGACUGCCGUCCGUGUGUGUGUGUGUGUGUGUGUGUGUCGUAGAGAUGUAGAGUUUUAUCAAUAACUAUCUGUAGCGUAGUGUGUCGUGCCGCCAUUUCUGUCCUCGCUAACAUGCCGAGAAAUACGGACGCGUACGCGUGCGCAGCGUCUUCGGGUUUCGAUGGAGUUUUUUUUUUGAGCACUGUGCAAUACUUCCGUGUUCAUCCCCAUAGUGUUACGUGGGUGAAGCUGCCCGAGAACGAUGAUAACGAUUUAGAACAUGAGAAGAAUAUCAUUUACGAUAUUAUAAUCACGGUGUCAGUAGGACGCAGCACAUGUAGAGUGCGUGUAUAUAUUCUAGCUGAGCUCAACUUCAAAACGUGUUAAGGCUUCCUCCCUUUUUUUCUCUUUUUGUUUCUUUCUCUUUUUUACUUUCUUUUUUUCCAAACACACAGAUCCAGCCAUCUAAAUAUCACAGAAUUACACUUAUAUCUAAAAUAUUAGAGUAUAAAUAUAUAAAUAUAAAUAAAUACAUAUAUAUAUAUAUAUAUAUAUACAAACCCCUGUCCCCACCAAAAAUCCAAAAUGUGUGUAUAUAUUUUUAUAUUUGCGUUCACAAACAGCGUAAAAACCUGAGAAAUGUAUCGUUAACUGUUUCAGUAUCGAUCGGUAUGAUUAUUGAUUUCGUUAUCGUCGUUUGAUGAUUAUUCUGGUUAUCGUUCCUUUUUAGUGCCCUUUUAUAUUUAAUAUCAAACUCAGAAUGUACAGUUCAGACUGUGUGAGGUUUGUAUUAUUUGGGACCAAGUAUAUAGUCGGCACUUUUAUUUAUUUAUUCAUUUGUUCGUUCGUUUGUUUGUUUCUUUUUUUGGAUUCAAUGUCGCAAUAAAUAUUGAUUCGAUCUUCAUCGAGUUACGACACGGCUUAUUAAACACAUAUAAUCACGAUGUAAUUAUACGAUGUAACCUCAAUCCUUUAUAUUGUCGAUAUCUAAACAUUUAGGGGGGGGGGAAGUAGGUUUAUGUUUAUAAAAACCAGGGUUAAUUCUUCUUCUUCUUCUUCUUCUUCUUUUUUUGUUUUUUUAAUCCGUUCGUUCGUUCGUUUCUGACGCAGCACGCUAAUUUCUACACGAUUAGACGAAUUAGAUGCAGUAACAGUAAGAGGCGGCAUUGCUGUUUGCAUUGUAAAGUAAAAAGAGAUAAAAGCCAUUUUUAGCCCUGCAAAGCAAUGCUGACUUUUACUGCAGCCUACCAAAGCAUGCAACACACACACACACACACACACACACACACACACACACACACGGUCUCUUUAAGAAAAACGCGUCAGAAUUCUGACGAGCCGAUUCACGGACUGGUUUGGUUGAGCGACGUGGAGCUACAGGUCCUCGGCAUACCAUCGUAUUAUUGAAGAAACACUCAGAAGACCUGCUUAUGAAGGUCAGAUCUGAGCAGAUCUGUCGUGGGACACCGGACACCGGACACCGGAGUUCUACACAUACAAAUUCAUACAAAUAUUUCAGUUAUAAACAGUUCAUUUAAUUCAGCUGCUUCAUCGUAACUAAAAUCUCUCAUUAACGUUAUUAAAAAUCUGAAGCGUUUCCCGUCUUACGCUUACAGGCGUACUGUAAUACACUCGUACCCUAAUACACUCGUACUGUAAUACACUCAUACCCUAAUACACUCGUACCCUAAUACACUCGUACCGUAAUACACUCUUACCGUAAUACACUCGUACCCUAAUACACUCUUACCGUAAUACACUCGUACCCUAAUACACUCGUACCGUAAUACACUCGUACCCUAAUACACUCGUACCGUAACGGUCGACUAAUCAACUCGUAUGAAGCAUCCCAAUGAUGAGGCGGACUUGUAGCUUCACGCCGUUAAAAGGUCAUAAGGGAUUUGUACGAGUCACGCGAGGACGCGUCGUCAUCUCUCGCGGUCGUGAAUGAUCCGUAAGGAUUCUUGAAGCUUCUCGUAGGAAACGUUUUAAAAUAUUGUCACGCUUUUCAAUCCGGUGGAAAUGUCACGUCAAGCACGGAAAAACCGCGUCAUCGUUUCAACCUCCCGCAACGGCAAACUCUGACUGGGAAACGGCGUCGUGCCGUGUUUUCGCGAAGAAUUGACAAAGCUUACAACGCUUUAAAAGGGUGUAAGUAUCAUUUGCAGCUUUUCCUAAUUAAAAAAAUAUAAAUGUUCACCACAAUGACAUCGCUCGAAAAUAAAGCUUUAACCCUUUACUGCAUGGUGUUGCCGUAUGGCAACGAUGAAGUCAUCCCCCAUUUUUCCCGUGUAACUGGGAAAAGGGGCUUUUAACUUUGAUGUAACGAAAAGAUGUCGUCAUGUCGGAUGACCAGGAAGUGCUGUUUGCGCUUCCUUUCCUGCAGUCACAUGGCACGGUGAAGGGCAUCGUAGGAGCGUUCUCAACAUUUGGUAAAUUUUUCAACAUUCAGGCGAAACUACUUAAACGACAAACUGAUAGUAAACACAAUCGGAGAGAAGUUAACAUUUCUUUUUUUGUCACUUAUACUAGAUUAUAUAUUACGAAUAUUCUGUUAAAUAUUCAAAUGUGAUUGUUGCCAUAUGGCAACGACAUGCGAUAAUGGAACUCUAAUAGAACAUUUCAAUUUUGAUUACUAUCCAAGUAAGAACAGCUAUUAGAACUUCAGAUAUUUUGCAAUUACAUUGUAUUUUAAGUAAUUAUAAUACCGUGUAAAUAAUUCAUGCGGUAGAGGGUUAAAAAAUUGAGUAAAAGAAAAAAAAAGGAUUAGUAAAAAAUUCUCAAAGAAAUGACGAACGUUUACGAGUUCAGAGGCAGUGUUCUUUAUUGUUUAUUGAAACAGAACUCAACAUUAUUACUGCACUAAUAUUCUUAACAGCUUUAACGUUACGUUACGAUCUCCAGACCAGGGAUUUGGGAGAAAUGAACAAUGAACACUUUGAGUACGACAAAACGCGUUCGUGAAAAAUGUUCUCAAUUUGUCGGAGCUGUAGCCAGUGUGAAAAGCCACCGAUUCUACAGAUUCGAGAAACGGGGGCGGAGCUAGCGGUUAAAAUGAAACGACUCGUCGGAAUUCUUACAGCGUUCUUGUGAGAUCGGUUUGACGAAAAACACAAACGUCGCUCACUUGUUUGCUCGGUGAGAAAAAGCCACACUCGGGAGGAGAAUCUUGUAUAGAAAUUAGAAUCUGAUGCUG